UGGCUACCUGAACAUCUCUGCAAACAUUGUGGGGUCCAGUCUAGAGCCGGGGCCACCAGCUUAGCCCACACCGCGGCCCAUGGUUCGGCUGGCCCCGCCCUGCGCAGUCGCGGCCCAGAGGGUGAGUGGGAGGGGGUGGAGGUGGGUCGGUGGAGCCCGAGCCUCCGGUACGGCCCCGGCCGGUCUUAGCAGGAAGCGCCGCCGCCGCCGCCGCCGCCGCCGCGGAUCACCGAGCGGCCUCCCGCGCAUGCGCCAUAGGGGCCAGGGGCAGCCCUGGGGAUUCCGUUCCCAGAAGGCACCGCGCAGGCUGCUACCGCCGCCGCCGCCGCCGCCGCCGCCGUCGCUGUCGCUGCCGCCGCCGCCACCGCCGCAGCCGCCGCCGCCGCUGCCCGGACGGGAGAGGGGCGGGGCCGGGCCCCCGCCCAGCGGGCCGCGGCGAGCCAACAGGAGGGGACGCAGUGCGCAUGCGGGAGCGCGCGCGCCCCUCCCCACCACCCCCCAUUAAUCCCCAGGAGAACAAACACCC